UUCCAUUUUAUUGUUUAGCUGAUUAAACAUAUUAUAGUGGCUAUACGGCAGAGAGAUGAAAACCAAACAUCAUAAGGCAACCUUUUUCAGGUUUCUUCUUUUAUUUCCUCUCUUGCACUAUUGUUUUAUCCCUUUUGGUACCCUAAGCAAAGAGACCAUUUAAGAAAGCACUCCCAUCUCUUAACCAAUACUGGAAAGGGAGUUUCCAGAGAGAGAGAGAGUGUGUGUGUGAUUUUUUAAGAGAGGUAGAGAGAGAAACAAAAAAGAUGGGAAGGGGGAGAGUUGAACUGAAGAGGAUAGAGAACAAAAUUAACAGGCAAGUCACAUUUGCUAAGAGAAGAAAUGGGUUGCUCAAGAAGGCUUAUGAGCUCUCAGUACUCUGUGAUGCUGAGGUUGCCCUCAUCAUCUUCUCCAACCGUGGCAAGCUUUAUGAGUUCAGCAGCACCUCAAGUAUGAUGAAAACACUGGAGAAGUACCAGAAGUACAGCUACAGUGCACUGGAGACCACCCGACCAAUUAACGACACUCAGAACUAUCAGGAGUAUUUGAGAUUAAAAGCAAGGGUAGAAGUUUUGCAACGUUCUCAAAGGAACCUACUCGGGGAAGAUCUUGCCCAAAUGAAUACAAAUGAGCUAGAGCAGCUUGAGAAUCAACUGGAGGCAGCACUGAGGAAUAUUAGGUCAACAAAGACUCAAUUCAUGCUUGACCAGCUUUCUGAUCUUCACCACCGGGAAACAUUGCUUAUUGAAACUAAUAACGUGUUAAGGAGUAAGUUGGAAGAAACUGAUCACUCACAAGUUCAAGUAAGUCUAGCUUUGGAAGCUGGAGGGCCUAGCAUCCAAUACACCAACUUUCCACCUCAAUCAGAGGGGUUCUUCGAGCCAGUGGGAGUGAACCCCACCUUGCAAAUUGGGUACAACCAGACUGGUCCUGAUGAUACAAACGUAGGAGCUUCAUCCUUAAGUAUGCAUGGAUUCGCCUCUGGGUGGAUGCUUUGAUGAUAUUGAAUUUACAUAUGUUCCAUAAAGAACAGAAAAGAAAACUAGUCAUGGAUGUGUUGAACACUUCCAUAAUAUAUAUGUUUUCGUUUCCUUUUGUUGUGCAUCAUUUAUCAAUGUUUGAAUAAAUAAAAAUUGCGAGUAGUAUUAUCAUAAAAAUUUAUGAACCUAAAACGUUGUAUAUUUGUAUUGAAGUUAAAACUUUAAGCCAUCCAAUGAGUCACUGAACUUGGUUUA